AUGGCUGAUCCUCUAGUUGCUAGGUGCCUUUACUCUAGCAAAGGUUAUAUGAUUCCUUUGAAUCAAUGCAUGAGCUACUCUGAGUUGUAUGAAGACAUUUUCCGUACAUUCCAGUUUUCCCCAACUGAUAUUAUUGAGCUUCAGUAUUCAGUUCCAGGUUGUGAAGUUUGUUUUCUUCGUAACGAUCGUGAUUUCCAGAUGCUGUUUUGUUCUGCUAGAAUACAUAGGACUGAAGUUCACAAGACGUAUUUGUCUGAUGAGUGGAUUUCUUAUAUUCAUCAUGUCGGGGAUAAGUUUCAUGGUGCUACUGAGCUUCUCACACUGAGCUCCGUGAGAAGCUCAGGAAUCUGUGCAAAUGUUGGAACUGAAGGUUGUGAUUGGCAUCUUCGUGCUUUUUCAUCAUCUGCCAAUGGUUGCCUUUAUAUCACAGAGUUGAAUAAUACUCACACUUGCAAGGGUGUAGUUAGGACUCAAAAACACAAGCUUUUGGGAUCUAAGGUUGUCAAGACUUGCAUUGCUGCUGAAGUUAGCUUUAAUCUUUCAUUGAAGCCAAGGGAGAUUAUGAGCAAGUUCAAAUCAACAUAUGGGUUUGAUAAUUCCUACAAGGUUGCCUUGAAAGUAAAGCAUCGGGCCAAGGAAGCGAUUUAUGGUUCCGAUGCAGACACGUUCAGCAAGUUAUCUUGGUAUAAGGAAGCUGUUUUGCAGAGUAACCCCAGCUCUUCUUUUGUGUUGGAGGUUGAACCAUCUUCAAAUCGUUUUCAGAGGCUUUUCGUAGCUUAUGGAGGUUGUGUAGAAGGCUUCAAAUUCUGUUUGCCUGUAUUGUAUGUUGAUGGAACGUUUGGUAAAAGCAUUUACAAGGGGCAGAUUUUGUCUGCAACUAGAAGGAAUGGGAAUCAAGGUUUCUACCCUCUAGCCAUAUGUUUUUGUGAUUCUGAGACAGAUGCAAACUGGACAUUAUUUUUCAAGCAUUUGAAGAGUCUGCUUGAACCUCAAGGAAGAGUUAUCACAUUUAUUAGUGAUCGGGGUGUUGGAUUGUUGAGCGCUUUCGAUAAGGUAUUUGCUGGUAAUCCUCAUCUGUUUUGUUACAAGCACUUGGUGGCGAACCUUGCCAGUAAAUAUAGGGGUAAAGGUAAUUCAAAAUUGAUAGAAGAUGUAAAGCAGAAGUUUUUUAAGGUUGCAUAUUCAUCUACACAGAAGGAAUACAGUUUCAAUUUGCGGUUGCUUAGAGCAGUUGGUGGUGCCGAUAUUAUUGACCCUUUUCUUUCUGAAUUGCCUGUGGAAAAUUGGUGCCGUGCAUUUUAUACUAGCUGCCGAUAUGGAAUUAUGGCUAAUGGGAUUGAUGAAUCAUUUUACUCUUGGAUUGCAAUUGAGCAUUUGAUGCCGGUCUAUUGUAUGCUGGACCAGACAAGAAUUAAACAAAUGGAGAUGGCGGGUAAAAGGAGGGAAGAGGCAGAAUGUUUAUGCAGGUUUACUGGAGUAAUAUGGAUCGUGAAAUUGAUAGAAGAUGUAAAGCAGAAAUUUUUUAAGGUUGCAUAUUCAUCUACACAGAAGGAAUACAGUUUCAAUUUGCGGUUGCUUAGAGCAGUUGGUGGUGCUGAUAUUAUUGACCCUUUUCUUUCUGCAGUUGGUGGUGUUUAUUUAGACAUGUAG